AUGUCCGACGACGUCGAUUCCAUCGUCAAAGGCGCUUCAGCUCCUACGCAAGGAGCAAAAGAUGUCGCCGGCGCGAGUCCCAUCCUCCCCACCACCGCCAAACAGGGCGAUCCGCUGCAUCACACGCCGAGUUCACCGUCCAUGAUCUAUCUCAACCUGUUGAUCCUCGAAGCUUCGCUGCGCGCACAAUUCCUCGAACUACGAGCUCGGAAGCGACAUCAUACUUUCUUUCUCACACUGCUGUCACUGUGGAUCGCUGGUUUUGGAUAUGCUCUCUUCCUCGCACCGCGUGAGGACGGUCGUGGUGUAGGUGGUUCUAUCUACUGGGCUGUCGAGGGUGCAGAGAAGGUGUGCUUCAUGGGUGGUAUCAUCACUGCGAUACUCGUCUGGGCGACUGGGAUCUGGGAGCGUGGAAUUCGCUGGCCGAGACGAUGGUUUGUCAUUUCGAAUAGAGGACUACGGGGCUUCAACUGCAAGCUGAUCAUAAUACGACGGACGUGGUGGGCCGAGGCACUCUCGACGAUUGGAUUCUUCUUGACAUACGGACUCUUUUCACACACGGCUAGUUCAUCGUAUCGAUACGUCGAGCCGAGUCUCUUGCGAGAGGUGGAGAAGGAGCUCCAGAUCACGAGCGAUACACACCCGACGCUGAUACUGCCCCACGAAGAUGAGGAGAAGGGCGGUCACGAGGAGGAUCUAGCGCCCGGCGGAGACUACGUCAAACUGCUCCUCCUAGCGAAACCUUUCUCUGCUACGUUCCGCGAGAACUGGGAGCUAUACAGGACAGAAUACUGGGAGAAAGAAAACGAGCGCCGAGCCCUGCUGCGGCAAAAAGUCAAAGAGCGCGAUAACCAACUCGUCAAGCAACAGUACGGCUGGCUAUGGUGGCUCCCCGGCCGCCAACCGCGACGCCACGAGCCGGAGAAGACACCACCGCGUCACAUCGCCGUUGAGCGCGAACGGCGUCGUCGCGGGAGCAGUGUGCGCCGCGCAUCCACAAGCUCAACACGAGCGCCUACGCCUAUCGUUGAGGAAGAGAAUUCUCGGGUCUAUGUCAGCGCGGCGCAAGAGGCUGUCUACGAGUUCGAAGCCCAAGAGGCCUGGGACAGAUUCGAGGUCUGUUACGCCGGAUUUUCCGUCGCCGCUGGCGAGGGAGAGUAG